AGCUGUCGUCAGAGGACACUUGGCGAGCAUGUGUGAUAAACCGGGGGCGAAGUGUGUUGAAAUUGUAUUUCUUUAAUUAAUUUUUCUUAAUCUGAUUUAAAUCUCAUCUCAUGGAUUUUCUUGCACCUUGACUUCAGCUCCUAAAUCAUAAGAUUUGUGUAUUAGAAAUCUCUUAGAGAUUAUCGUGAAUUUAAUCAUUGAGAAGAAUUUAUGAGAAGAAUAUCAAAGAGAAAAAAAUAUUAUGCUCAGUUUGUGAGCAUGUUAUCCCCUUGGCAUCAAGUGCCGGCUUGAAAGAAGGCCAACUUCCACUUGCAAAGAUUUGUUUUCCGCGUUAAAACGGCAUGAAAAGGCUCCGCAUUCACCGUGUGGAAAUAGUGGAAUUGAGUGAUUUAUUUUAGUGGGUUGAAAGUGUGAGAAAAAUGUUUGGGGUGAGCAUAGAAAUAGGGGAGUAGUGGGAAGAUUUCUAUUAAUAGAAAACAAAUAAAGCGGAGAAAUCUUUUUUGAUCCGGGAGUACGGGGAGGGCCAGCUCAAUAUGGAUGAGCACAGAAAGAUGUGGCGAUAAGGGAAGCCUGAGCAAUUGGCAGCUCAACCGUAUAUAUUAUUAGUGAACCGCAUAUGUAUAUGAGGUAGGAGGAGGAGUGAUAAUUUGCGGGAAGAAGCGAAUUGAGUGUGGAAAAUGGCACAACGAAAGAAGCUCAUCUGCUAUGGUCUAUUCGGUGCUCUAAUUGGCUUCUGCAUUGGGAUGUAUUUGAGGAACUAUCGCGUGAUUGAGACAGCAAAUAACUGCCAAUUGAGGUCUGGAUUGCGAUUUCAAGGUCCACUGAAAUUCAUCAAUUUAGAAGCAAAUGAACUCCCGAGCAACUCACAGAACAAUCUGGUGUUAAUUGGCGUGAUGACGGCAAAAGAUUUUCUCCGGGAACGCACAAAAGCCGUAUUUGACACGUGGGGUCAGAACUUUCCCGGGAGGAUUGCCUUCUUUAGCUCUGAAGGGUCAUACUUGCAGGGAUUGCCGAUAAUUGGGCUGAAGGGGGUCGAUGACCGAUAUCCGCCGCAGAAGAAAUCAUUUAUGAUGCUGCAUUACAUGUAUGAGCACUACAUUGAUAAGUUUGAGUGGUUUAUAAGGGCGGACGAUGAUGUUUUCAUAAGAACUGAUAAAUUGGAGCAUUUUCUGCGCUCAAUCGACAGCUCAAAGCCACAAUUUAUCGGUCAGGCAGGGAAAGGCAAUACCGAGGAAUUUGGCUUGUUGUCUCUUGAAUAUGAUGAAAACUUCUGCAUGGGUGGACCUGGGGUCAUUCUAAGUCGUGAAACUCUCCGAAGAGUUGCACCUCACAUACCAACUUGCCUAAAAAAUUUAUAUAGUCUCCACGAAGAUGUUGAAGUAGGACGUUGUGUGCAAAAAUUUGCAGGUGUUCCAUGCACCUGGAAUUAUGAGAUGCAAGCUAUUCUACACCACAAUUCCAGUGGCAAUGAGGCAUUCACGGGGAAUUUGAAAAAUAAGGAAGUCCACAGUGCUAUCACACUUCAUCCAGUCAAAAAAUCUCCCCUUAUGUAUCGUCUCUACGCCUAUAUGCACGGUGUGAAGGCACAAGAAAUGCGUCAGGAAAUUCUCAUGUUGCACCGAGACAUUGCAGCAAUGACUGAUUUGCUUCAUAUUGCAAAAGCAAGCAGAAAUAUAGCACCGGGUGUACCGAUUUUCCCAGAAAGUCUUCGGCCACCGAAAUAUUUGGGUGACCACGAGAUAUUGGGGAGGACACCAACCCUUGCGAAGAAGUACCCAAACACCGGGGGAGAUUUACUCGAAUGGAAUUUCAUUGCAAAGCACAUCUAUUCGGCAGAACAUUUCAAUCCGAAGCGUAAAAUUGAGAGUUCCAUAAAGGAAGGUCUCGAAGAUAUCAUAAGAGAGAUUAUGGAUAACAUAAACAAUUAUUCACGCCAGCGGGGACGUGUGAUAGAAUUUCGUGAUAUCCUCUAUGCAUAUAGUCGACUAAAUACUCUCUAUGGGCAAGAUUUCAUUCUUGACAUGUUGCUCAUCUACAAGAAAUAUCGUGGCAAAAAGAUGACUGUCCCCGUACGGAGGCAUCUCUACAUACAACGAGCUUUUACCGACAUUCAAAUUCGCGAAAUUCCCAUUUUUGGAAUGAAUAUUUCUUCAGGGAAAGACUCCCAUGGAGAAUUUACAGGACGCGUGAGGAAGUUCUGGAAUACGGGUAUUGAAAAAUUAUCAAAUACUUUUACACUCAACUCUAAUGAUAAAUCAACCGUGCAAAAAAUCUUGCCAAAUAUUAUUUUUAUUUUACCUCUAUCUGGUCGUAUCAGCACCUUCAAGAGAUUCCUUCUCACCUAUGAACAGGUUUGCCUGAAAAAUGACGCUAAAACAGACUUAUUGAUUGGCCUUUACAUCGAUGAGUCGUACAAUGAGGCUCUUGAGUUGAUAAAUCAACUCAAAAUGCAAUAUCCCAAUCGUGAGAUCAACUCAAUUGACAUCUAUGGGAAUUUCUCUCGAGGUCUAGCUUUGGAUAUGACGGCUAGAUCUAACUAUGCAUCCGUCGAUGAUAUUCUCUUCUUCAUCGACGUGGACAUUGUCUUCACGACGGAGACGCUGGAGCGUGUACGGAGCAACACUGUGCAACAGCAUCAAAUCUACUUGCCAAUAGUUUUCAGUGAAUAUGCAGCAAAAAGUGCCACAACCUCGGCCACAACAGAUGGCCAAUAUCCGCAUGUUGAUAUUACAAAUGAUAGUGGGUACUUUCGUGAAUUUGGCUACGGGGUGUGUGCCAUCUACAAGUCGGAUCUCCUUGCGGUGGAUGGCUUUGUGACGGACAUUAAGGGUUGGGGGUUGGAGGAUGUGAAAUUCCUCGAUCGUAUUAUUGUAUCAAAUCAUGGACGUGGCUCCGUUUUGCGGAGGAAUAGUCAUGAAUUGGGAGUCUUUCGUGCUGUGGAUACAUCCCUCAUUCACAUCUUCCACACAAUUCAUUGUGAUAAACUUCUAGACGAGUCCCAAUACAAGAUGUGCAUAGGGACCAAAGCCAAUACUAUAGGUAGCUAUAAAUAUAUUGAAUCGCUAGUAUUAAAUAUGAAUAAUUCCUUUAUGGCAACAAAGCAGCAAUUAGUGCCUUGACAUUGUUUUUUUUCUACUAUCUACCUACCUAUUACUAUGUAUGAUUGAAUGAGAUUUAUUUAGAAAGAGAAGAAAAAAGAAUUUUACAUUUUCUCAAGAAGCCUAAAACUCAAGGAGAAAUCUUCUCUCUUGUAUACCAAAAAAAAGAAAAGAUUUAAAAAGAAAUAUCCCAGCAAAUAAAAAAAAAGAAAAUCUUAAAAGUUUUGUGAGUAAUAAACAAGAGGCAGCAAUAAUUCAAGACAAAGCCUGUGUAUACCAAUCUGUUGGCAACUUUCGGUUAUAUGUUUUUUUUUUAAACUGAUCUCUAGAGACAUUUUUUCAUUGGAUGUUAAGAUACAAAUUAUGUAUUGUUAAGUUGUGUUAUAUAUGCGCAGUGCCUUGUUAAUUUUAAACUAUAUUUUAGACAAUUUAAGGGCCAUAUUUUUAUAUUAUAUACAAAGUAAGUUUCUCGAAAUAAUAAAGAAUUAUAUAUCUUAUUGAAACGACAA